AUGGUGCACAGCCAGACCGAGCUUCCGAAGGUGAAAUGGGGUGUGAUCGGCAGUGGAAUGAUAUCCAGCUGGUUCGUGUCAGAUAUACUCAAGCCCGACUGGCCAGAAAAGAGCGCACACCAUGAGGUCGUGGCAAUUGGAGCUUCCAGCUUGGACAAGAGCAGACAAUUCAUUGACAAACACGUUGUUCCAGCAUCGCCAGUCACCCAACCUGCUGCGUAUGGCUCAUACCAAGAGGUCUACGAUCAUCCAGAUGUCGACUGCAUAUACAUUGGAACACCGCACAGCUUCCACAAGCAGAAUUGUCUUGAUGCCAUCAGGGCGGGCAAGCACGUCCUGUGUGAAAAACCAUUCGCGAUGAAUGCGAAAGAAGCUCAAGAAGUUUUCGAUGCCGCCAAGCAGAAGGGCGUGUUCAUCAUGGAAGCCAUGUGGACUCGAUUCUACCCUCUCGUGAAGAAGAUCCAAAAUCUCAUUUUUGUCGAGAAGAAGCUCGGGACAGUGUAUCGAACCUUCUGCGACUUUGGCCUGGCAAUCGAUAUUUCAAGCUUGCCUGCGAGCAGUCGGAUCAUCACAUCUACUGACAAGGUCGGCGAUAAGGCAGAAGAUCCAGAGGUCAGCAGCUUGCAGACGCUGAACCAUGGAGUGGACACUUCCAGUUCGGUGCUCCUGCGAUACCCUUCCACUGGCAAACAAGCAGUCUGUACGUCGACAACGGAUGUAGUUGGCCCGACCGCUUUCGCACGAAUCGAAGGUAGCAAAGGAUCCAUCGUAAUCCACGGGCCUUCUCCAAGUGCUCCUGAGAGCUUCGACUUCAUUCCCAAUGAUGGCAGCACCGAAGAAAUUUAUCACUUCGACAAGCCAGGCUUCGGGCUCUUCUGGGAAGCGGAUGCAGUUGCCCACGAUAUCAAAUCUGGCAGGCAUCAGAACGCAACCAUGCCUUGGGCUGAGACUCUCCGGGUGAUGAACAUUAUGGACGGCGUGCGGGAGAGGGGCGGAGCGCGGUUUCCGGUCGAUGACUGGUGA